CUCAAACUGCGCGCUUCACCACGUCAGAUCGGCAAAAACUGUUCAUCAAACCACACCACCCCUUCAUCGAAUCGCGUCUCAAAUCCAUCGGCUUUGGACUCUGCGACCUCAGAUGACCAUCUGCAUUCACUUUUAGACGUGUCCGAACCCUUUCCUCGCCGUCGCAGGGCAUCCUUCAAACUGGAGAAUCUACAAGACCCCUCGCUCACAGUCCGGGGGUUGGCACUGCCAUGUCCUUAACAUGGCCGCCCCCAAACAGCCAGAAACCACCAGACGAUGAACCUCUGAUUCACUCCCUACAUCGAGACACUCUCAAUGGUCUGCUCAGAGCGCCCUCCCGACCUCACACCCCUAAUUCCUUCAAAUUGCGCAAUCUGGGAACCGGUUCGCAAUCCGGCCAACCUGCCGAACCAGAAUCGAGUGUCGAGGAAGAUCCCCAGGUCGUCCGAUUUCGCGAGUUAUUCCAAGAGACGGAGAACAAACUCGCAACACUUUUCAAUGAUGUCGGUCAAGUCAUAGUACCGCAGAGGCGCAACAUCGACGAUGCGCCUGUUGUCGAGUCUGCCCCCGAUGCCGCGGACUCGGCCCCGGUCCCUGGUCUUAUAUCCAAGAAGCGCAAGUUGGACGACGAUGAUUAUGACGACUACGAUGAUGACGACGAGGACGAAGAGACGGCCUUGGACGCUGCCAGAGCAUCUCCCCUAAGAGACAAGCCUAACAAAGUCCAGGUCCUCGCCGAUGCCACCUCGUCGCCCAAGGCUCGGCCCGUUCUUCCCCCCAGCAUUACCCCCGAUUCUACAAAAGCUCCUCCCAAGGCUGGCGCAUCUAAACAGAAGGCCGAAGCUGAGGAUGCUCGCAAGAAGCUGGAAGAGGCCAAGCGCAAGGAGACCGAGACUGUCAAGACGUUGUCGCGAACUAUGUUCUUUACACUUGAAAAUGAUCGAGAUGCCAUGCUAGACCAACAACGGCUUGACGAGGCUGAGCGACGCGCGGAAGCAGAAGCAGAGGGCCAUGCAACCCGACAGAAUGCAUCGAUGCAGCAGGGAAGCCUGAGCAAAGCCAAUCUCGGCGCGUCUAGUCUAACGCUCAAAAACCUCAUUGCGCGGCUGGACGAACAUCGGUCCAUGGUGCAUGCAAGCGAGUCAGAACUGCGUGCGCUCAUGAGUGAGGUCCGCAAGAAUCGAAGUAAAUGGGCUAGCGAAGACAAGAUCGGCCAGGAGGAACUAUACGAAUCAGCGGAGAAAGUCCUCACGGAGCUCAAAGCCCAUACCGAGCAUUCGUUCCCCUUUCUAAAUCCCGUCAAGAAGAAGGAUGCCCCCGACUAUUACCUAGUCAUCAAAUACCCCAUGGAUCUCGGCACCAUGACCAAAAAGCUCAAGCAACUCGCGUACAAGUCCAAGAAGGAAUUUGUUGAUGACCUUACCCAGAUCUGGAAGAACUGUUUGCGGUUCAACAGCAGUCCCGACCAUAUUUUCCGGAAACACGCUCUUUUCAUGCAAAAGGAGACUGACAAGCUUGUUCCUCUGAUUCCUGACAUCGUCAUUCGUGAUCGAGCCGAAGUUGAGGCCGAGGAAAGACGACAGCAGAUCGCCAAUGGUGAAUUGGACGAUGCAGAAGAAAGUGACGAUGAGCCCAUCAUGUCGUCCCGUGGUCGAAAGGCUCCGGCAAAGAGUGCUAAGAAGGGAGGGUCGACAUCUCGGAAAGCGCCUCCUGAGACCACGCCAAUUCCAGAAACAAAACCAGUCCUGCAAUCCAUCAACUCUGUACAAAGAGCUGAAUCAGAGAUUGAAGGAAGUCAGGGCCAUUCCACUCCUCCGCCCGGAAUUCUGACGCCAGUCGGAGCCCAGGGUCCUGGAAGUGUAGCCGGAGCAGGGAGCGAAUCCAUGGAUAUGGACAUGCCUGGCCUGCCGUCACAAACACCAAUCGCAGAGUAUGAGGACGAAGAGUAUAAACUCUGGAAACAGAAGACCAAAAAGGAUCGUGCCAUGCUUGCUGCCGCCCGACAUAAGCUUUUCCGAGGAGACAAAUUGAAUGCCGAAGAGACUGCUUUGCUGCGAAGUAAGGCCGGCAUGCGUCGUUGGCAAAGGAUCCAACAAGAGGCUGCCGGAAAGGAUAUUUCAGAGCUCGGCACUGAUAUAUUUGAACGUGAUCAACGCGCCAAAGACCACGGACAGACGCUCGCUGAAGGCAUGGAAGCGGAAGAGGAGAGCCUUUUGCCGGACUAUUACGAUGCUAUGGCCGCGAUACCCGACCUCAAUCCACAUCUGAGGUGGGAGCAAGAUACCGAAGGUCAGGUCAUUGAGCACGGGGAGGAGUACUUAAGACUAUUCCCGCCCAAACAGUUCCUUGCACCGGAAAGCAAACUAGCCAAGAAGAUGGACUCCAACAUGCGACAGAUACAAGACACACGAAAAGUUGUGUCCAAGAUUGGCGUGGUGAAACAGAUGCAGCUGCAGUCUCAGACAUAUCAAAACCAGUUUCAGAAGUUCCAACCGGAACCUUUUGUCGAAGCCGAUAUACCCAAUCAUGUCAUGUCAGAUGCUGGACCUGUGAUGGCACCAUGGGUCUGCAAAGCUGCUUUUCAACGAUCGAUAGGCAAGAUCUUCUUCCAUGCAGGCUUUGAAGAAUUUCAGCCUUCGGCAUUGGAUGCGAUGACCGAUCUCGCAGCCGAUUUCUUUCAGCGGAUAUGCUCCACAUUGGUCAACUACAGAGAAGAUUACCGUAUCCCUGUCACAACCUCGGUCUCCGCUGGAGAGGCGGAGACGGCUUUCAGAUGUCCCAACACCUUGGAAGAAGCAAUCUUACACACGCUGCAUUCAAGUGGCCUGUCACUAAACGACUUGGAUAUCUACGCCCGCGAAGACAUCGAUCGGACGGCUACGCGCCUCACCACCAUGCACGACCGUAUGAAAGCACAUCUUACCGACCUUCUCAGACCGGCUUUGACUGAUGAUACAGCCCAUGGUCAAGGAACGUUUGAGGACGGCGGUGAACAGUAUGUCGGCGGUGACUUUGCUGGUGAUCUCGACGAGGACUUCUUCGGCUUCCGAGAACUUGGCCUUGACAAGGAGUUUGGGAUGGCUAGUCUUACAGUACCAUUCCAUAUCCUGCAGAAUCGCCUUGGUAUGAGCAAUCAACAGGCCAGUACCGCAGAUAUAGGAGAGAAGAUGUUCAAGGAGCCGCCCCGCUGGCCGAAAAUCAAUGUCGAGACCGUCGACGAACAGGUUGGGUUGGCCAGAGAAUGGUUCAAGAAACGACUGCGCGAUAAUGGUGAUCGACCAUUACUUGAAGACCUGGAACUCCCGCCUAAGCAAAGGCCAGGCUACGGCCGAGCAAGAAUACCUGCUAGUGGCAAGAUUGGAGAGGGUACAGUCAAGAAUGCUAGUCCCAUGAAGAAAGUACCGGUCAAAAAUGCGCCAAUUUCGAAAGCCGCUGGAGGUCCAACUCCAGGUGACAAAGGAAAGAGGAAGUCUAUUGUCGUCAACGGGACAGGGGAAGAUACGCCUCUGGUGAACGGUGUGAAUCCGUCGACGCCUGGUCCCGGUGGUGACGGCAGCCCGGAGAAAAAGAGACCAGUCUUGAAGGCCAAGAUGUCCACAUCUGACCUCAAAGCCUCGGAGAAGGACCAUAUGCCGGUAACGGACACUAUUGAUGGUACGCCUGAGGUCAAUGGUGUUGCAAAAGUGGAUGGUAUCGUGGAUGGCGAUGCAAGUAUGAUGAGUCCUGAAAGUUUGUGAUGUUUGCCACGUGAUGAAAACAGUAAACAUGGAGGGAAUCGCACCAUUGGCGAGGUUGGUGGGAGAGUUUCUUGAUGAUUAUGGCUUGCAUAUUAUGAUGACCUCUUUGUAUUUGGUCAAUGAUCAUGGGUUUUGGAUCACUUGAUACCCUGGUGCUUUGAAAGGGCAGGUUUAAAAUGGUCAAUGUUUGGGAUUGGUGGUACGCCUGGCGUCGAUGACGGCCAACUAGGUUGAGUUGCAAAAUGCACUGCGCAUCCGACGAGAUCAGACACAUCAUGGCACCAAAACGAUGGCGUUGACUGCUUGUGCUCACACUUUGUGAGUGUUGUUGCGUUCUUGGUUUUAUCCUCCAUACUCCGAGGAUUGUUGUAGAUACUUCUGCCUAACUAUACUGUACUGGUUAUGACAUGUUGAUACGAAGUGUUGGCAUUUGCAAAGAGUCG